AUGUGGCCUGUUCCGUCUCCUAAAUCCGUGGUUCGCGUCUUCAAAAGGAUCCUCGAGACGAAUUGGCCUGUGGCUAUCUUACAAACAUCGGCUGAUGCUCAAAAUGUCGUCUUCAUUGGCUAUAGUUGGGUUCCUACUGGUCUUUUCAUUCACAAUGAAUUUGUGCCGUCUCUGAUCGGCCAAACAUUGCGCAUAGAGAAUCCCUUAACAGGCGAAGAGCUCGGAACUAUCUCCGCUGCCGGGAAAGAGGACAUUGACAAGGCCCUGGCCGAUCUGAUUGAGCGCGAUGCCCAGGAUCUGGCAUCGCUCGAGGCUGUGGAUGCCGGACUGCUCUAUACGGAUUCCAUGGAAACGAACAUCCCACAGGCGCUUGGCUGUCUUCGCUACUAUGCUGGUUGGGCUGAUAAGAUCGAUGGGAAAGUGCUCGAGAUGGAUGGUGGCAUUGCCUACACCCACCGUGAGCCACUGGGUGUCUGUGCUGCAAUCAUUCCUUGGAAUGCCCCACUAAUGAUUACAAUCUGGAAGCUUGCCCCAGCGCUGGCGACAGGCAAUGUCCUGAUCAUCAAGAGUUCAGAGGUGUCUCCACUUUACGCUCAGCGAUUGGCGCAGCUCAUCAAGGAAGCAGGCAUUCCAGCUGGAGUAGUAAACAUCGUGACCGGCGAAGGAGCCGGCGCUGGCCAGGCUAUUUCCGAACAUAUGGAGGUCCGCAAAGUUGCAUUCACCGGCAGUGCAAUCGCAGGUCGCAAAAUCCUGGAAGCUGCGUCACGCACCAACUUAAAGAAAGUGAGCCUCGAGCUGGGCGGCAAAGGCCCGUCGAUUGUCUUCGACGAUUGCGAUCUUGAAAAUGCCCUGUUCUGGACGCGCAUUGGAAUUACCGCGAAUAAUGGGCAGGUUUGUGCGGCGGGUUCGCGCAUCUACGUCCAGGAUACUAUCUACGAUCGCUUCGUCGAAGCGUAUCAAAACGCCGCCGCCAACAAUCCAACCGUCGCUGGCAAUCCGCUAGAUGCUGCGACUACCAAGGGUCCCGUGGUGAAUUGCACCCAGCAUCAGAAGAUCUUGGAUUAUAUUCGGCAGGGUAAGAAGUCUGGUGCCCGGUUGCUGUUCGGAGGAGAAAGAUUGGGCAAAAAGGGGUAUUUUGUUCAAAACACAGCCUUUGCAGACGUCGCGGAUGAUGCAACAAUUAUGCGUGAAGAGAUUUUUGGUCCCGUUGCAAGCAUUGCCAAAUUCUUCACCGAGGAAGAAGUUAUCACCAAAGCCAACGACUCUCAUUACGGUCUCAGUGCGGCCCUUUUCGCCAAUGACAUCAAUCGCGCCCACCGCGUCCCGAAGGCACUUGAUUUUGGCCAGGUCACAUUAAACGCAUGGGCAGUGCUCUGUCCCAAUGUUCCAUUCAGCGGAGUGAAUGAGAGUGGGUUCGGGCGCGAUAUGGGUGAGGAUGCCCUUGAAGGCUGGACAACCGUCAAGGCAGUCAAGUAUCAUAUCCUUCCUCGCCCCUAG